CCCCCAAGCUCGGGUGGCGUGCCGCGCCGGGCCUCCUGGUUGUCACGGGAACGCUCGCUGGGCCCGCCUUUAGGGCGGUGCCGGCGUUUGGCCCCGCCCCCGCCACGCUUCUUCCGCUCGGGGAAAGCCCGCUUCCGGCACUUCUGGGGCGCGCUGCCCAGCAGCAUGGCGCCGCAGCCGCCCUUGCGCGUGCUGUGCCUGGCGGGUUUCCGGCAGAGCGAGCGCGGCUUCCGCGAGAAGACGGGCGCGCUGAGGAAAGCGCUGCGGGGCCGCGCCGAGCUCGUGUGCCUCAGCGGGCCGCACCCGGUCCCGGAGGCGGCGGGCCCCGAGGGUGCCGAGCCAGACUCUGGGCCCCGCGCUCCGGAGGAGCAGCCGCGGGCCUGGUGGUUCUCCGAGGCGGCGGCCGUUUUCUCUGCGCUGGAAGAGCCCACGGUGUGCAGGGGACUGGAGGAAGCCCUGGAAACGGUGGCACAAGCCGUGGCCCAGCAGGGGCCUUUUGACGGGCUCCUGGGUUUCAGCCAGGGGGCAGCAUUAGCGGCCCUUGUGUGCGCCCUGGGCCAAGCUGGCGAUGCCCGCUUCCCCUUGCCACGCUUCAUCAUUCUGAUCUCGGGCUUUUGCCCGAGGGGCCAUGGACUCAAGGAACACAUCCUGAGGGCCCCCUUGUCACUCCCCUCCCUCCAUGUUUUUGGGGACACUGACCGUGUCAUCCCCUCCCAGGAGAGUGUGCAGCUGGCUAGCCAGUUCCCUGGAGCCGUCACCCUCAACCACUCCGGAGGCCACUUCAUUCCGGCCACCGCCUCCCAGCGCCAGGCUUACCUCAAGUUCCUGGACCAGUUUGCAGAGUGAAAAGAACAGUGCCUGUGCGUCUUCUGCCACCCCCAGCCUCGGGGGCACCUGACAUUGGGACAGCCUCCCCAUCAGCUGUAGUCCCUGCCUACUCUUCCUCCCCAUGCCCUGGAACACCUCCUGCCCCUCACUGCGACCGAUGAAGAGACAAGU